GAGAAAGUUCGUGCAGCGGGACGGCGGCGCCGCCGUGCGCCCGACGGCGGCGCAGAAGUUCGAGCGCCUCAAGGUCGUCAAGGAGGAGCAGCUCUUCCUGCCAGUGGUGAAGCGGCCUGCGCAGGCCAGUGGCGAAGCAGAUGGCGCAGGCGCGGCAGGCAGCGGCGCAGCAUGCGAAGCAGAUGCGAAGCAGAUGGCGAAGCAGAUGGCGCAGGUGAAGCAGAUGGCGGCGCAGGCGAAGCAGAUGGCGCAGGCGAAGCAGAUGGCGCAGGCGAAGCAGAUGGCGCAGGUGAAGCAGAUGGCGCAGGUGAAGCAGAUGGCCAAGGCGAAGCAGAUGGCGCAGGCGAAGCAGGCCCAGGCGAAGAUGGCGACAAUGAAACGGCCUGCUGCCUCGCCGCUGAAGCGGCCUGCAGCCGCGGUGCAGAGCGUGGCCGCGGAGGUCGAGGAGCUCGGCGAGGAGAACGGCGACGCCGAGGGGGACGAGGGCGGCGCGGAGGCGAUCGUCGACGAGGGCGGCGCGGAGGCGGUCGACGCUGAGGAGCCCGAGGACGGCGCGGAGGCGAUCGUCGAGGACGGCGCGGAGGCGAUCGCCGAGGACGGCGCGGAGAUGAUCGUCGACGCCGAGGAGCCCGAGGACGGCGCGGAGGCGAUCGUCGCCGUCGACGGCGCGGAGGCGAUCGACGCCAAGCCCGAGGACGGCGUGGGGGCGGUCGACGGCGCGGAGGCCAUCGAC